GAUCCCCGGGCGCCUGGUCGACGGGGCCGCGACUUCCCCGGAGACAGCUCUGCGCCCGCCUCCGGAGCCUCACCGCCCGCGCCCAGGGUGGUGCCAUGUGGGGCGGCCGCCGCUCGGCCGCCGCUCCCCCUCCGAACGCCGCUUCGCUCCUGCAGCUGCUGCUGGCGGCGCUCCUGGCGGCGGGGGCGCGGGCCAGCGGCGAGUACUGCCACGGCUGGCUGGACGCGCAGGGCGUCUGGCGCCUCGGCUUCCAGUGCCCCGAGCGCUUCGACGGCGGCGACGCCACCAUCUGCUGCGGCAGCUGCGCGCUGCGCUACUGCUGCUCCAGCGCCGAGGCGCGCCUGGACCAGGGCGGCUGCGACAACGACCGCCAGCAGGGCGCCGGCGAGCCCGGCAGGGCGGACAAAGACGGCCCAGAAGGCUCGGCAGUCCCCAUCUACGUACCGUUCCUCAUCGUCGGGUCUGUCUUCGUUGCCUUCAUCAUCUUGGGGUCCCUGGUGGCAGCCUGCUGCUGCAGAUGUCUCCGGCCGAAGCAGGAGCCCCAGCAGAGCCGCGCCCCCGGAGGGAGCCGCCUGAUGGAGACCAUCCCCAUGAUCCCCAGCGCCAGCACAUCGCGAGGGUCCUCCUCCCGCCAGUCGAGCACUGCUGCUAGCUCCAGCUCCAGCGCCAACUCGGGGGCCCGGGCGCCCCCAACGAGGUCACAGACCAACUGCUGCUUGCCCGAGGGGACCAUGAACAACGUGUAUGUCAACAUGCCCACGAAUUUCUCUGUGCUGAACUGUCAGCAGGCCACCCAAAUCGUGCCCCACCAAGGGCAGUACUUGCAUCCCCCCUACGUGGGCUACGCGGUGCAGCACGACUCGGGGCCGAUGACUCCUGUACCCCCUUUCCUGGACGGCCUGCAGACGGGCUUCCGGCAGAUCCAGGCCCCUUUCCCUCACAGCAGCAGUGAGCAGAAGAUGUACCCGGCUGUGACCGUGUAGCUCAGGGUGCCCGCCGGGGUCCUGUACGAGACGGAGGAGCACGGGGCUGCUGUGGAUGCGGGAAGACUUCUCCAAGUGGAAGUCCACCCGCAUUGCUGGCGAGGACAGCCCGAGUCUCUCGGAUGGCUGCGUCUGCCCCCGACUGUCUGAAACCGUCUCUUUCCAAACGAGGCUUUCUGGGUAUGGUUUCAUCCCCGGUGCAUGAUUGAGUUAUGAUGUGGGGGGCGGGGGGGAAGCAUUGUCUGGAGACGCCUGUGUUAUUGCCCGUGGAUGUGUGACACAUGCUUGAGGCCUUAGUGCCUUGAGGUAUGGCUGUCGGAAGAAUUUUGUAAACGGACAGAUUAAGGGUUUCCAUUCGAUCCUUAUUAUUAUUUCUGUUUUUGUUUCUUACUGUCCAAGAUCGGAGUAGCUGUUCCUUCCCUUUUGCCUGGGUAAGAUUUUUUAAGCAUCCAAGGUGCAGGGGCAGAUGUAAAGAACAGAAUUAUUAUAAAAGGAGAUCCAGUUUGAACUCCCUGAGAGGAGUCCUUGAUCUCAGUGUUUUCACAGGCACAUCUCAAUUUCAUUGGAAAAAGAUAGAUCUAUUUUGUCUAUUUUUGUGCUUUUUUUUUUGGUCUAUUUUGUGCUUUUUUACCUUGCGUAGAGAUCUUAUUACAAAGUGAUUUUCUACAUUAAAAAGAGACUGAAAGAAAUUGUAUAGUUACUUAACGAAUGACAUUUCAGAACUCUGGGAUUAUUUUAAUCUUUAAGUAGCGGGUGGUGUAGUAAUACAGCCAUUCAUCUCAUUCCUGAUCGUAUCAUCUGAUUUUCUGACUUCAUAGCGACAUCCAAGAAGAAGUAAUUAGAUGUUUUUAUAUUGAAAUCAGAAGCUGCCACCUGCUGCUUCUCCAAGUGACUUGGGAUUUUACCGUGUGGUACGGCUUGGCAUUUUGUUGUAUUCGGUCUUCGGAUCCCUGUGUCUGUAUAUUACCGUGUGCGGGUAAUUACUGUUAGAAAUGAAGAUCAGCAUUUCUGCGUAGAUCUGAUAAGACGUUUUCUUGUUUUCCUAUAAAAAUUCAAAGAAAUGCUUUCCAACGAUACUUAGUAUAACUUGUCAGCCAUGAUCUGAGACUUGGGAUGAAAUUUAAACCGCAAAUACAAUUUACUUUGCAAAUCAUGAGGCUUUUCAUACUCCUGUUAUCAAAAUGGCUUAUUUUUCAGGCAGGGGCACUUUCAAGUGAAGCGAAAAGCUUUUCAAAGUUAGUUUCUGUUUUCCUCUCUCCUUUAGUCCUCAACAAGCACUGUAUUCAUUGGUAAUGUUCUGAAUUAUGAAAUUCAAGUAGAUCUGUGUACCGCUGGCUUGAGAGAAGGAAGUUUAAGUACAUGCAAGUGUAUUUCCAUCUGCCGGCAAAACCAAGAUUUGCAGUUAAACCGUGUGUGAGGUGUGGUCUUUCACACAUUUAUAUCAGUAGUUUAUAUGUCCAUCCAUCCAUUAUGUGUCUCCCCUGUUUUUCUCUCAUCUCCACCUGUUAUCUCUUUAGCUCAUGACUGAAUGAUGUAAAAACCAUUGUUGGCAAUUGGUAUCAGCGAAGAUGCUCAAAUUUUUUUAAUAACAAAGGCAGGGGAAAUCCUUUUACUUAUUAAUAAAUAUUUUAUGGUAUGAAUUCCAA